CGCGGGGUAAUAUAUUGAUUUGAAUGUGUCUCGAUGACUAGCCAGUAUACUGGAUUUAAGGUUGAGUUGACGUCAUCUCAACUGGGGAAAAUUGUUGGUGUUGUUUCAAAUGUUAGCGAAAAUAAGAUCAGCCUUACAAAUGCUGUGAUCAAUAAUUAUCCUCCUACUAUCCCUUCGUUUGCUGUCGAGAGUAGAUUCAUCCAAAAUAUUCGCAUUCUUUCAACUGCAAGUGACGGUGAAUCCUCAGGUAGUGAUACACCGGUUAAAUGCCCAAAUAAGUCCUCUAAUUCUUCACGCGAACAACGUCGAGAAUGGUUAAGAAACAUUCCCAACGCUUGCAGUGUUUAUGUAUGUCCUGACUCACCGCCUAUCAUUCAUAAGACAGCUGGUGCCCCAGGAUCUGGUAGUAACAUUAAUGAUAUUAAUAACGGUUUUGGACACUCAAACGAUUUGCAACUGUUAGACACUGCAUUGGGGAAAGCUUCCAUUCGUGAACCAAAUGACUCAAGUCCAGCUCGUAAGUAUGCUGUUAAUAACCACCGUCAUUCCAAACGCCGCAGUUAUUCAACGUCAGAAACAGCUGGCGCGACAAGUGAUAUAUCUGGUGCCGAAAGUGAUUCGUUCCAUCGUCAUACGAAUUCAGGAUCAAGAGGUCAGUUCAACUGUGGAGGCAGUGGCAGUACUAAUCGACAUGCUCAAAAUCGCGGUCACCCACGUGAUAAUAACAAUAAUAAUGGUCACAAUAAUCGGAACGGAGGGAACACUGGACUAAAUGGAGGUGGUAGCGGCGGUCAAAGAAAUUUAGCAGAUUGGGAUCGGAUCUGUGUUGAAGAAUUUAUCGAUGAAGAUUUUGAUUUUGAAGGAAACUUAGCCUUAUUUAAUAAGAGUGCAUUCUACGAAAUGGUUGAUUCACGCGAAGGUCAUUCAAUAGCAAAUACUUCUGAAAUGAAUAAUUCUUCCGUUUCUUCUUCUCUACCACAUUUCAUUGAAGGUCCAGAUGGUGUUGGAAUUCCGCUAUUCACUACUCCAACUCAAUCAUCUAAUUUAAUAACAACUAUGACAGCUUCAACUAGAACAACACUGACUAUCACAUCCUCUGGUAGUCAUUAUGAAGAUAAGCAUAAAAUAAACAAUACACAAAUAACUACUUCCAAUAAUAAAUCUAUUAAUCAACAUAAUCCUACUAGUUCAGUAGUUGCUACAUCGUCACCAUCAUCACCACCGCCAGCAGCAGCAGCAGUAACAGUUCAUUCAGAAGGAAAUAAUUUCAAUGUUAAUAAUAAACAAUAUUAUAUAAAUUCUAUAAAACAACGUAAUAAUCAGUACUGGUAUACAUGUACAGGACAACGUGUACCAAUAUUUCCAUUAGAACAACGUCAACGUUUAUUUAAUUAUUUAACUACAGGAUUAAAUUUAGAUACUCAAAUAAGUAAUAAAUUUCAAGGUAUUACAUGGGGUCGAUUUAUUGAAUCUGCUACUCGUCCUCUAAUCGAUAAUAUUAUGAUACAUUUACGUCAAUUAAAUAGAACACCUCAACGGAUUAUUCAUAGACCUCCGGCUCGUAUUCUAAUCAUAUCAAAUGGAUCUAAUCAUUUAGGUGCAGUAUUGUCGUUGAAUAUAGCUCGAUAUUUAUCUACACUUGGAGCUUGUGUUCUAUUAGUCACUCCAUCUAUGUAUUGUGCUAAAACUAAUAAUAAUAAUAAUUCAGUGAAUGACACUACUACUGCUACUUCCGAAGAUGUUAGUGAUGAAUAUCCUACCGAUAAUUCCAUAAUGUCUACUAUCUAUCGACAGGAGUUACACUUACUUAUGAAUUUAGCACCAAAACCAAAUCAAUAUGGACUAGAUGAUCUUGAUGAUGAAGAAGAUGAUGAAUUAGACCAAUACAGUGAUGAUGGGCGGGGAACAGAUAACGAAAAUAAUCAUGAUGAUAAUAAGAAUAAUAAACAAAUACCUGGACUCUAUACAUUAAAUAAUAAUGAUAAUGGGAGUCAUACAAUUGAUGAUAAUAGUAUCAGUAUUGGUUCAUCUUCUGCGAAUAUUCGUGAACAUAAUGAUGUUGACUUUGAUAAUAUGAGUUGUCUCAAUUAUUCCGAUAUCAGUAGUAUUGUCGAUCAUAGUUCAGUUGGACGUAUAUGGAUGAGUCGUAUGCCUGGACUGAAAAUUAUACGUCGUCCAAAUUCUGUUAUCAAACUGCCAAGUAGUAUACGCAUUGACCUAGUGAUAAUUGGUCAUUCAGAUGACAGUAACACUGUAAAUAGAGACAACUCAUCAUUAUCAUCAAAUACAAAUUUAUUGUUUAAUUGGUUGCGCAAUCACAAUUCCAUUGGUGGCAUUAUUCAUUUAACACCUUCCCAGUCCAUUGUUGAUUCUAAUAUUCUGUUAAGAAAUGCUCAACACUUUGUUUGGGUGACUGAAUUGGGCUUACCAAUACUGACACCACAAGGUCAUUUGACGUCAUCAUCUUCAACAACAACGCCUACAGUGUCUAUCCCUCCAACUGAAGCUACAUUGAAUAGUAGUGGUACAUCAACCAACACAACCACUUCAUUAACUCACUUGUUAAUUGAUGUUGGACUUGGUCGAAAUAUUGUCCGGAAAUUAACUGGUGAUUUAAAUCUCCUACCACCAUAUGGUCUAUUCGAUCUGGGUUCCAUGAUUCCUUUACGACCAGAACAACUGAACUCAGUACAACAACAACAAAUAUCACGAUAAUUUCUUUGAUUUAAACGUUGUGUGGGCACAAAUCGUUCACAUUUUGUAAUUAAUUUUAAUGAAAGAAGAUCUAGUUGACUUUUUGUUUUUUACUCUGCCUCGAUAUUUUGUAUAUAACAGUUGCAAUGUUUCUAUCGUUUACUUAAUCACAUAGUCUUUUAAUUUUUUCUCCUCUCUAGUUGUUCUGUUUUUUAAUUGAAAAUAUAUACACUAGGAUAGCCUAGUGCUUUUCGAUUUUGUUUCAAUGUAUGUUUUUGACUUCAUUGUCAUGUUUUGUAUUGUAUUAUUCUACAGUUUCCUUGUUAUCUCACUUAAUAGUCUAUGUGAUUUGUUCUUUCUUGUUCAGUGUAAGGCAUAGAUAGCAUGACGUUAUUCUGUGGAAAUAUAAAAAAUGAUUGGUAAUGUAUUACCUGUGUUCUUUCACUAAAAUUAGUAGAGAUAUAACUUGAUUAUUAUCUGUUUCUAUUACAUUAUGUGUUAGUCGAUAGUUUAAUGAUUCAACAAUCAUCUUCAACCUCCAAUCAUUUUGGUAUGAUUUACGAUAGCAGCGGCACUUUCUCUCUUAGCCCUGAUGAAUCUAUAACAUUGAUCCUAUAAGAAAAGUUUACUUGUUAAAAGCCUCAGAAUAUUCUUUGAAAUUUCCGUCCAUUUAAUUAUAUGCCUAUUGCAUUCAAUGAUUACUGCUAACAGUUUCAUUUGCGCCAAAUAAUGAAUUAUUGUUUGUAAACAGUGAGGAAAUUGCAACUAACUGACUCAUCUGCAAACUUCCUUAAAUUAUAAUACGGUAGCUUUGAAUGAAAAAUCAUGGCAUUAAUCAAUCCAUCUAUUCGAGAAACUUGGCUAUACUGGAGCAAUCUGUGUAUAUCUCAAAAGUGAUUAAAAUCUGUCUGGACCCAGAAACUCAGUAAAAAACGUGUGAAGCGAAAGGUGCUUGUUUCAAAUAUCAAUGUGAACAUCAACACGCAUCCCGAUAUAUCCAGUUGACGAGUUCCACGUAGGAUGAUGUGUGUACCCCGGACUCCAUUGGUAGUCACAAUUCAUCCGUUCUAGAGAAUUAAUGUUUCAGCUAAAGUACCCUUCCUAAUGUGGUUAAUUUAAUGUAAUUUGUUCAGUACAUUAUCCGACUCAUACAUAUUGUAUCCGCCACACUAUCUGGUCAUUAAAAUCGAUGUUUAAACCUAUCUUCUAAUGAGUAGAGAUCAACUGCUGAGUAAUCAUUCCAUUUUGUUAGAGUACUCACCAGCUUACACUUCCUUAAUCUAUAGCUUAGGGGAAGAUGCACCAGACGAGGUCUUGAUUCAUUCUUCUGAAGUCCCUUUAUUGAAUAAUUACUUGACUUAACCACUAAAACACCUAGGUUGGCAUGAUCGACACUGAGAGCUUACGGGGUAGUCUUGGCUUUCAACUGGUUCACUGACACAGGUUCCUUCUACUCUCCCAGCAUUGAGUUCAUAUAGAAGAAGCUUUUACUACUAUACACCUAUAAAAAUGAGUUAUCUUUGUGGCCCACUGAUCUGACACCGAUUUGGAUGAACGCAUGAAUAUGCUAUCAUCAUAAAUCUUUUACUUAACUCCUUACAUUACACCUAGUCUACCCAUUUGUAGUAAUUGGAAGCCAAAUAUGGGUUAAGUUGGAUGAAUUUAUUUCAGACAGACAUUAGAAAUAAGAAGCAGAGAGGGGAAGAAUACCAAGUCUAUUUGAUUAAGCGUGUCUCAGUAUUUAUAGCCAAACAAAAAUAAACUCAAGACGUGAUGAAUAGAGUAAGCGAUGGGCACAUACUCAUAAAAACAGUCAAGGUUACAAGCGGAUAAUGUGGCUCAAGAAGAAUAAACCAGUCUUUCCGGGUUUGACACUAUAUUAUCAGCCUGCAACGCAUCCCAAAUAAGAGGUAUUUUUUAACAAUCAUCCCUUAAAUUACAGAGAAGUGAAGAAAUGGUAAUUAAUGAAACUCAUAAGGUUGGUUACAUAUGUGUUCUGGGGAUAAGAACGUAUAUAUUCAUUACAUAUACACCAUAGAUAUCCAUAUCUGAGAGAAAUACAACUAAUUGACAUCUAGGAAGCCCAGUUCUGUAUCCCAUUACUCUUAAUUAUAUAUUCGACCUAAGAAAACUGACUUGUCUGCAAAUGAACCACAUCUUAAUUGUCACCUAAACUAAUGUUGAAUAACCAUACUACUAUAAAGUAGUAUAUCUACAUUUGCAAAAAUUCCUAGAUUACCUCCUAUACUAUUUGUCAUGCC